AGUCGGAGCCGCCUGCAGGCCCAACGGCCAAGGCCCCAUACUCCAAACCCUGUUUACUGUUUUCCCUCCUUCCCUUUCCUACUUUCUCCUCUGUUCUUUGGCUUCGUCUCAACCUGGUUUCGGUUGCCGACUACGACCUCAAUACAUGCAAUGGAGAUAGAGGGCUUACUCUACGAAACCCUAGGCCCUCUGUCUGCCUCUACCGUUACUUCAACCGAUCCAUCCGAUAUCGAACCGCCCGAACCCUACUCUGUCUUCCGUAAUCAAAUUUCUGCUUCGUUACCCAACUGUCCUUCGCCGGAAACCGUCGCUCUAGAUUACUUCUCCCUCGACGUCGACGCUGACGACGAUGCCGAUGACUUGAUACAAAGCUCUGCUACUCCUCUAUCUCCUGCUGCUACUACCUCUGUGGCUCGAACUGAAGAACGGGUGCUCGAGUCGGGUUGGUUCAGAGCCAAUGGUCGUUUUAAGAGCGCUAUGCUUCAGCUUCACAAAGAGAUUGUUGAUUUUUGCUCCUUUCUCUCUCCAACGCCUGAAGAGCAAGCGUCACGAGCCAAGGCUGUAGAAUGCGUUUCUGAAGUCAUUAAAUAUAUUUGGCCUCAUUGUAGGGUUGAAGUGUUUGGAUCAUUUAGGACAGGGCUUUAUCUUCCAACCAGUGAUAUUGAUGUUGUGAUUAUGGAAUCAAAGGUUAACUCUCCUCAAAUUGGUUUAAAAGCUCUUUCCAGAGCAUUGUCACAGAGGGGAAUUGCCAAAAAGAUACAGGUGAUUGGAAAAGCUCGUGUGCCAAUUGUGAAGUUCGUAGAAAGGACAAGUGGCAUUUCUUUUGAUAUUAGUUUUGAUGUGCAAAGUGGGCCCCAGGCUGCCGAGUUUAUAAAGGAUGCCAUAACCAAAAUCCCACCCCUAAAGCCAUUGUGUUUGAUACUGAAGGUCUUUCUACAGCAAAGAGAACUGAAUGAGGUUUAUUCUGGCGGAAUUGGCUCAUAUGCUCUCCUUGCCAUGCUUAUAGCUCAGUUGCAGACACAUUGGAGAGGACAGGUUUUCCAUGAGUCCCAAACUAAUCCAGAACAUAACUUGGGAGUCCUUCUGGUCAACUUCUUUGACUUUUAUGGUCAUAAACUGAACACUUGGGAUGUUGGUGUAUCCUGCAAAGAUCCAGGCACCUUUUUCUUGAAGAGUGCCAAAGGGUUCUUGAACGCAAAACGACCAUAUCUUCUGUCCAUAGAGGACCCACAGGCACCAGAUAAUGACGUUGGGAAGAACUCCUUCAACUAUUCUCAGAUCAGGUCAGCUUUUGCAAUGGCUUUCUCAACAUUGACUAAUGCGAAGACAAUUUUAAGUUUGGGGCCUGAAAGGAGCAUUCUUGGAACCAUUAUAAGACCAGACCCAGUUUUAUUAGAGCGAAAAGUGGGCUCCAACGGAGAGGUGACAUUUGAUAGCUUGCUCCCCGGUGCAGGCAAAAUGGUGCAGCCACAGUUCAGGGUUGAGAAUGAAUUCUUAUGUAAUUGGCAGUUGGACGAGGACGAAUCACCACUUCCUAGGGGGAAUAAUGUUGCCAUGGAAGAUAGUCCGCAUUCCUCGCGAAAAAGUCCUAAUUCCUCGCGAAAGAGGAAAGCUUUCAAGGAGAAGUGUAAAGCCAAGGUAAAGGAAAAUGGGGAGACGUCAAAUAAAAGACAUGUAGAAAGUGCAGUGAGGAAGAAGGGAACUAAGAAGAGGUGGAGAGAAUCAAGAGACUACCAAGAUGGAGGUAUAUACGGUGGCAGUGGUUAUUAUGCUAGACGGCCCCCAUGGAGUCGUAGCGGUUAGAAUUUUCCAUGUCCAUUUCUGUGGUACAUGAGAGCUUAAACAGUAAUUAGACCUGGUGGUGAACCAGUGCUAAGUUAUACAAGAAACUGUUGGAAAUGCAUGUGAUAUCAGCCUUGCAAAUGUCUAAUUACCGAAAAUAA